AUGGAGCAGCCGGUGGUGGCGGAGGAUGGCUUCACCUAUGAGAAGGAGGCGAUUGAGCAAGCGUUGCAUAUGCGCCCGAAGAGCCCGAAGACAAAUGAGCCGAUGGGCGCCAAGGUCAUUCCCAAUCAGGAGAAGGUUGCGGCUAUCUUCGACUUCAAGGAGAAAACCAUCGACGAGAUUCUGUCCGUGGCCUCGCACGUGCCAAGUGAACAGGCGCAGAAGCUUUUGCAGCGAGCAGAGGCUUUCAUCCAGCCCAAGCUUCGCGACGGGGCAUACCAGAAGAAGCUUGCCAAAGUGCUUCAGCUGAAGGCUGCUCUGCCCUCUGAGCGAGCAGUCGCUGUUUCCCAGCUUCUCGGCCUGCUUGCCAAGAACCCGCAGGCCAUGGAAAUGAGACAAUUCCUCCAGCAUUUUUAUACGUGGGAGGUGUGGCCGAUUCUGCGUAGCUGCAGAGUGCACCGCAAAGACGACCUUGUAGAAAUUAUGCGAAGCGCCGCAUCCAGUGCUCGACCGACUAUGGCUUGUGCAGAAGAGCUGGACAGACUGUAUGCAUCAAGGCUGGCAGCGGGCGUGGAGGCUCAUGGUAGCCUUGCCAAGAACCUGGCAUCUAGAGAUAGCGCUUGCAAACUUUGGAAUUUUGUGCUUCCGCGGGCCUCUAGCUCUCUGGAUUCUGUGAUGGAUCCUGGCACAUGGCUGGAAGGGGCGACCUUGGUGCUGGCAGCUUUGCACGAGAAGAUUCCGUUUUGCUUGUCACACCUCCCGGAGAAGCUACUGACGGAGACCAGUACCCUCACAGAGACGCUUCUUCCCGUGGAGGAUCUUGAAGCACGAGUGCGUCUAUUUUUUGGCACAGAUGCCGACGCCUGGAAUGAGAUUUCCGAGUUAAAAGUCUGGACGAAGAGCUGUUGUGACCACGGCUUUCUGGCCUCGCUGUUCCUGGAGCUGUCAAGGCGCCGCUCUGGAGACCGGGCUGCGCAGAAGAGAUUGCUUCUGCAAGCCCUGGCAGUGAGCCCUAUGCAUGAGCUGACGCGAGACAGCUUGCUCCAAGUAUUUAUGGAAAGCAUGGACAUCGAGGGUUCUAUUGAGGAGGAGCAUGUUCUUGUUCCUCUUCUACUGGCAAAGCACGGCAAGGUUCCGGAAGAGACUCUUCCUAAGCUCACCCUGGCACCACACCAUGUUCAGCAGCUCAAGCUGGAGCCGACGAUUUGCUUAGCACUUGCCGACCAGCUGGCUGCAGCAAAGCGUCUGGAGCAGGGAGCUCGUCUUGCUGUGCAUGCUGCAAUAACUUUCGAUGCAAUGGGAAACAAGCAGGAUGCAUUGCUUGCCUAUGGCAGGGCCUACAACCUGGACCGACGCAACGAAGAUGCUUUGCACGGAAUGGUCGGUUGUUGCUCAAGAGUUAUCCAGAUGUGCUCCGACCUGCGAACAGUGGUUGACGAACAGCGCGCGUGUAUUAACAGACUCGAGGAGAAGGUCCAGAUCUUGCAAGAGUCAAAGAGUGAGUCCAGCAGCUGCAUCGGUGGAUGCAAGGUGUGGGAGAUCCCUCGGGAGGAUCUGCGACAUAUGGUCAGGGCAGACUACCUCAUGAGUCCGACAUUUCAUAUUGGAGCUGCCGUCAGCGCACGCUUAUCCUACUACCCGCGAGGUCGCAAAGCAGCCCCGAGAGGAUUUGCCACAAUCGCUUUGUUGUGCGACACUUCGUGCGCAGUAUCCGGGGAGAUUCGGAUAGGCUCCGAAACAGUGGUUCUCCGAACGACUGAUCCAUACGACAAGAAGAGCUGGGACAUUCCGGCCGCGGAUUAUCGCCAGGCCGGUGUGCGGAUCAAGUCAGUGCGACGACAAGACGACAGUUCACUCACUCACAAUUUCGUGUCAUGA